AGCAGCUGGUACUGAGACGAGCCUAGCUGAACUUUGGGUGAGGCUGGUCUGUCAUGAGGCUGGCUGUGCUUUUCUCAGGGGCCUUGCUGGGGCUACUAGCAGCCCAGGAGACAGGGAAUGACUGUCCUCAUAAAAAAUCAGCCACUCUGCUGCCAUCCUUCACGGUGACCCCUACAGCUACAGAAAGCACAGCAAGCCCUGGAACAACGAGCCACCAAACUACCCAGAGCCACAGAACCACCACCACAGGCACCACCAGCGACCACCCCACAACAGCCACUCACAAUCCUACCACCACCAGUCAUGGAAACACCACAGUUCAUCCAACGACAAGCAACAGUACUGUCACCAGCCCAGGAUCAGCCAGCAGUUCCCCCCACCCAAGACCACCUCCGCCCUCUCCAAGUCCUAGUCCAGGCUCCAAGGAGGCUAUAGGAGAUUACAUUUGGACUAAUGGUUCCCAGCCCUGCGUCCGGCUCCAAGCCCAGAUUCAGAUUCGAGUUCUGUACCCAACCCUGGGUGGAGGAAAGGCCUGGGGCAUCUCUGUACUGAACCCCAACAAAACCAAGGCCCAGGGGGGCUGUGCCCAUCCCCACUUACUUCUCUCAUUCCCCUACGGACAGCUCAGCUUUGGAUUCAAGCAGGAGCCACUGCAGAGCACUGUCUACCUGAACUAUAUCGCUGUGGAGUACAACGUGUCCUUCCCACAGGCAGCGCAGUGGACAUUCUUGGUUCAGAAUUCAUCCCUUCGAGAUCUCCAAGCCCCCCUAGGCCAGAGAUUCAGUUGCAGAAACGCAAGCAUCGCUCUUUCACCAGCUUUCCACCUUGACCUGCUCUCCCUGAAGCUACAAGCUGCUCAGCUGACCCCCACAGGAGCCUUUGGGCCAAGUUUCUCUUGUCCCAGUGACCAGUCCAUCUUGCUGCCUCUCAUCAUCGGCCUGAUCCUCCUCGGCCUCUUCGCCCUGGUCCUCAUUACCUUCUGUGUCAUCCGGAGACGCCCACCCACCUACCAGCCACUCUGA